AUGUCCUUUCUCGAGCGCCAGCGAGCUGCGUCGGCCGCGGCGAAGAGCGGCCCUACCGUCGUCGACCUCACGGGUCCGUCGAAGAAGGCCGCCCUUGCGCCACCUUCUCCCUCUCCAUCAGUCGCAUCCACGAGCAGUGCGCUCGCCGGCAGCACCCCGACCAAGAAGAACAAGUCGCGGCCCGCCGAUGCCGCCGAGAUCUUCUCGCAGCCCUCGCUCACGGGCACAGGCAUGGAGCUGGGCACGCAGAUGGUCUACGCAGUGCACCAUCUCAAGGAGAAGGACAAGGAGCUGAACAUCUACGAGAUCAUGGACCACAUGUCGCGGCGGCCCGUCACCGAGAAGGACCAGAACGAGCUGGCCGAGAUCCUGCGGCGCAACCCCCGCGUGCGCUGGAUCCCCGACCCCAACCUCACCGAGCAGCGCUGGGACAGCGGUACCUACGUGCACAACCCGUUGAUCCCCGGCGUGCGCAGCAAGGAGAGCCUCCUAGCGUACCUGCAGAAGAAGAAGGACGCCAUGUACGUCCAGGUUAAGGACCUGGAGGAUGGCUGGCCCAAGGAGAAGCUGUACCAGGCGCUCACGGAGCUCGAGAGGGAUCACAAGGUGCUCGUGGUUCGCACCAAGAAGGACAACCACCCCCGCUACGUGUGGAGCGACGACCAGAGCCUCUGGAACGAGGUCGACCCGGUCUUCCAGAACCUGUGGCACAAGGUCUCGGUGCCGGCCGUCGAGGACAUCAACCGCCUGCUCACCCAGGUCGGCCAGAAGCCAACGAGCGAGGACCCGCGCCUCAAGGUGGUGGCCGCAAAGGUGGAGAAGAAGAAGAAGAGGGCCUCUACGCGGCCCAAGAACCUGACCAACACGCAUCUCAUGGGUCUCUUCGACGACGGCAACAAGAAGAAAUAG